CUCUCCGCGUGCAGCCGGCAGCCGGGCUGCGUAUAUAAGCUCGGGGCUCGGCUCCGGCGGAGGGAAGAGGCCCGGCUGGCCCGCGGGCUGCAGCAGUCUUCUGCUCGCCCCGCCGCGACAUGGACACCGGGGAGCCCUCGGCGAGGGGAGCCGGCGAGUGCGCGCGCUGCCACCGCAGCCGCCGCCGCCCGCCGCCCGCGGGCCCCGACCGUCCCACGCGGCGCCAGGGCGCGGACUCCGGAGGCAGCACCGCCCCCGCCCUGGCCCUGCCGCCCGCGUGUCCCCAGCUCCUCCCCAUCGCUCUCCGGCCCCCGCCCGCCGCGGGUCCGCGCUCGGCGGCGGGCGGUCCUCCCGGGUCUGGGCUCUCGUCUCCUCCGCGGGCCUUGUGCCCCCCGGCCCGCAGAUCCGCAGGCUUCUGGAGACCGUGGGUCGACGCCCCAGGUUACGAGGAGGAGGGGGCGCCGCAGCACGCGGCGGAGGCGAUGCCGGACGGCCCCGGGGUGACCGCAGCCUCAGGAAAGCCUUCCCCGUACAGACACCCGGUCAGACUAUUUUGGCCAAAAUCAAAGUGUUAUGAUUACUUAUAUCAAGAAGCAGAAGCUCUUCUGAAAAAUUUUCCAAUUCAAGCCACAAUUUCAUUUUAUGAAGAUUCUGAUAGUGAAGAUGAUAUUGAGGAGCUGAUAUGUGAAAAUUAACGUGAUUAGUUACUUGCAAUGACAUUCAAAGCUUAUAGGAUUUAAAUUUAGUGUACAAAUGUACCAUAAUCCUUCAAACUAAUUUAUUUGUAUAUAAAUUAUUAAUAAAAUGAAAUAUUUUGUAAUUCU